AGCUUGGGUUUUUACAUUUUGUGGCUUCUCUGUCUUUAGUGCAGGUAAAUAUUUGGUUUUAUUGCGAAACAUCUGGACUCUGGACGGACUGGGACUUUAGACAGAAGUCAAUAAACACGCCUCACUUUCCAGAGACCUGAUUGGUUGUUGGUGGAGUGACCCUGGUUACACGGGAGGGACUGGAUUCUAUUUCAUUGCUCUCUGGCGUGAAUUCGGGUACGUCUCAGCUUUGUUUGAGUCUCCAGGUUCCAGUCGAAAACAUGGGCUCUGGAAGCUCCUGUGAAUACUCACAAGAGAUUUAUGACAGCUGUGCUCUCAAUAUUUAUGAAAGAGCCUUACGGGAAACAUGUAUCAUUCCAGAUGUGGGCCUAGACCGGUCUCUGCUGAAGUAUUCUGGUUUGAACUCCAACGCUGAGCUGCAGACCUACUCCGAUGGUCUGGUCAAUCAGAUUCCAGAAUACGUUGAGAAGUUGGGAUCUAGUUUGAGUUCGUGUACUUUAUUCCCAAAUGCUGUUGGACUCGGAGCAUUGAUGAUUUCCAUGAUCAUAGAUAUUUCCAUGAAGAGCCACGUUGCAACUUCUGAUGAUUCAUACAGCAAGUUCCUGCAGGCAUUUGGUGAAGAGAAGGCCUCAGGAGUCCGGGACACUGUGUCGGAGUAUGUGAAGCGCCAUCGGAUGUACCUGACUGAUAACCGACACCUACAGGGUGAACUAGAGAGACUGGAGAUACAGCUGAGCAACCAUCUCACCAUCCUCAGAAACUCCCUGCUGCUUGACGGACAGAUGAGGAGCCGUGGGUUGAAGAUCUGGGUGAACGGAGCCUCCUUCCACGUCCAGAUGUUGAUCCAUCAGGCUCGACUGAAUCACACGACUGGCAUCAGUUCGAAGGGCUAUGUUCAUGUCAUCCAAGCUGCCCUCACUACGUAUCUACAGGACCUGGAUCAGCUGCUGGAGAAACACAGGAAGGACUUCGCCGGUCAUACUGCUGUCGGUCAUGAAAUGAAUUGCGGUGGUGACAAUAGUUGUCUUUCUGGACUGAUGUCCGUAUGUUCUUUACAAAACCCUAACAUUAUGUGUUUAUUUCAACUACAACCAGCUGGAAAAGACCUCUGCAUCAGCACUUCUAAUUAUCAAGUGUACGGCUCUGGUGGAACUUUAGACCACAACACUAAACAAUUGUCAGAUUCUUUUAUUAAUCAUAUUUUCUCAAAACAUCCACCACUCGCAGGUUUAAAGAGCCAUUUUUCAAACAUCAAGAACAAUCUAAACUAUUACAUCAACCAACAUGAUGAAUUCACUCUGCCAUCAGCCCGUUAAGUUGUUGUGAGGUUUUAAAGUUAAUAAUUAACAGCAGCGCAUGUUGUCAGUGUUUUGUAUCUAAAAUCAUGUGAUAUUUUUAACACACAAUGAACGCAGAAAGACAUUUGAUUUAAUGUUUUCUUUUAAUUCUUAAGCCAAACCAGCAUGUUUCAUAUUGUUCAGCAUCAUUUCUCUUCAUUUUCAUGUAUUAAAUACAAAGUGCAUUCAACCCUUUGUGGACGUGUUUAACAGGAUAAAUGUUUUUCCAUUUACA